AUGCAGAGUCUACUAAGCGCCGUUAUUGCGGUGGGAGAUUCACUCAAUUUCGACAAAGAGGCUUCGCUAAAGAGGAGAGAGAGAGGAAGAGAUGCUCACAGGAGUUUAUUGGAAAGUACAAACCUUUGUUCCCGACCAAAAGGUUUUGAAGGAGGGGGGGGGGGGAGAGCGCAGACAUUUAUCAUAAGAAAUCAUCAUAGAUGGCGACCCGUCCCUAGGAUAACCAAGACGAAGAUAGUUGCCAGUGGGGAAACAACUACUCUUCCCGAGGAUCCUGGAGUGGACAGCGGUUGUGUUCUGAAGAGAGGGACCAGAGAUGCAGCGAUUAGGAGCGAUGUAGUUUGCUGCAACCGGCUUAGUAUCCAGCCAGUUCGGCGAAGGCUAUUCUGUAAAGAAUUCAAAAUGGCCGAUUCGGCAAUAUGGAGGACAAAGUUCGAAGUCUUCGGGAAAGUGCAAGGAGUAUAUUUUAGGAAGUACACGCAAAGCAAAGCGAACGACCUGGGUAUUCGAGGAUACGUCAGGAACACUUCCAACGGAUCCGUCGAAGGAGUCAUCGAAGGAAACGAGAUCAAAUUUAAGGAAAUGAAGAAAUGGCUGUCCAAAAUCGGGAGUCCAAAAAGCAUCAUUCAAGGAGCAGUUUGGAAAGGAGAGAAAAAAAUCUCUCAGUUUACUUUUAGUGACUUUACCAUUAAAAAAGACUAA